AUGUCUUCUACCUCGGAGCACCCCCUCCCUGUCUACACCACACUGGCCUCCUUCCCCACGGCCAGCCCAGGAGUCCCGGCUGUGCCCAAUGCUACCUCGUGCCAGGAGUGGGAGCAGGCCCACCACAUCCUCUUCCAUCUGGGGAACCUGUCCCUGCUGCUGGGCCUGGUCCUCCCGACCACCCUGGGCCUGCACAUGAUCCUGCUGCGCCUCCUCGUGAUGACAGGAUGUGGUCUCUUCAUCGCAUGGGUGACUCUGUACAGGUGCACCCUGGAUGUGAUGGUUUGGAACGUGGUAUUUCUGGUGGUCAACUUCAUGCACCUCUUCUACCUCCUGUACAAGCGAAGGCCUAUUAAGAUUGACAGGGAGCUGCGGUCAGUCUACAAGCGGAUGUUUGAGCCCCUCCAUGUGCAGGAGGCUCUGUUUCAGAGGCUCACAGGACAGUUCUGCACCAUCCAGACACUGAAGAAAGGCCAGGCCUACGCUGCUGAGGAUAAGACCUCUGUGGAUGAACGCCUCAGCAUUCUCCUCAAAGGAAAGAUGAAGGUUUCAUACAGAGGCCAUUUCCUCCACAACAUCUACACCAAUUCAUUCAUUGAUUCUCCAGAGUUCAGGUCCACUGAGAUGCACAGAGGAGAGAAGUUCCAGGUGACCAUCAUGGCAGAGGAGAACUGUAAGUUCUUGUGUUGGUCUCGAGAGAGGCUCACCUACUUCCUGGAGUCGGACACUUUCCUCAGUGAGGUGUUCAGGUACCUCAUCGGCAAAGACAUCACCAAUAAACUGUACUCUCUGAAUGACCCCACACUCAGCGACAAGGUGGUGAAGAAGAUGGACCAUCAGCCCAGCCUGUGCUCCCAGCUGUCUAUGAUGCAGAUGAGGAACAGCAUGGCGAGCACCAACGACACUGAUGAUGUUCUUAACCAGAUCCUACGAGGAGGAUCUCCUGGAUCCUCGCUCCAAAAAUCACCUGGCACCAAGAGCUCAAAGAUGAAGCCCAUAGAGGAGGACAUGGAGGAUGACGUUUUCAAAGAACAUGCUCCCUCCGAGUCUGGCCGUAUGCCCAGCACUUCCACUGAGGAAGUGUAGCCGGCGGGGCAAGAAUACACAUCAUCAAAUCCCUAUUAUGCAGGUCUGUUCAGCAAACCGACAACUAGAGCCUGACUGAAUGCCGCCAUGGCUGACACUGAAGAAAUGUCAAAGAUAUGUUUGUGGUCAUUUAGAAGUAGUGUCUCCAUUGCAUAGUUUUCCCACCGUAGCGCACUGACAAGUUUAUUUUUAUGCCGUAAAAUGUUCUUUAAAUAAUCUUAUCAAAAGUAAAUGUGUGUAUGUAAACAAAUAAUAUUGGUGGAUAUAUUAUUAUAAGAUUUUUUAAAGCUGUAUUAGUUGAUUUAUUUGACCACCCAGAUAACAGAUCACUCAUGUAAUCAUCAUGAGGUGGUGUUUGUGUUCACCAGAUACAUUUCAGUCUAAUAUUCACUCUCCUUUUGGCUCGGGUUUGGCCUUCACCACCACCCGAGAAAAAUGACUGGCUCCUUAGUCGCUAACUUUGUCUCUCCUCUGUUGUUUGGUGCUGAGCAGGUAGUGGACAGUUUUUAGAGACUUCUCACUUCAUAUCAGCUGCCUGCUGUAAGUGGGAAAUGCUGGAACUUCACCAAAACACUUAAGGCCGCAAUCACACCAAAAAAAGAAACCCGCACGGGGGUGUGCGUCGUUUGAGGGCAAAUGUUGAGUGUGAAUACUAGGGAAACACAAAAAGAAGACUCCAUAAUGUUUGGUUAGCCAUGCUGCCAGCAUUUACACAAGUACACUAACCAGAAGUUCUGACUGGAAGACGGAUAAAACACCAACUGCACGGGGAUGUAUGUCCUCUUACUCCUACAUGGCAGGGUUGUACAAGUCUGGAAAGGUCAUCACGGUAGCGAUGAGUUUCUCCUCCAUGUUCACAGUUUUCGCUUCAUGGUAAACAGGAUUAUUAUUCUACCCGUGGUCGUCUGUGGUCUGAUCGUCCACUGGCGGGUUUGGCCAGCGCAGCACCGUGCCCCAUGACAUCUCAUCGUGUUACAGAAAAAGUUGAACAUCAUUUUGGAGGAGCCCCCACAGUAAAAGUAAAAUGUUGACAUUGUGGAAUUCCUUGGUAACGUUUCACACAGAAGGAAUAUUUACUAUCACACCAUCUGAAUUCAUCACAGUACAGUACAGUAUGUCACGAAUGACAAGCAUUAUUUAACCCUUAAAUGCACGAGUGGAUUUUGUAAGCAAUCUCACACACCUCAGAUCCCUAGAGACCAGGCACUUAUGUAAACCAGAUUAAGCUAUAUAUUCAAUUCAUAUUACGUGUGAAUUCAGAGCAUACCAUUAAAAAUAACAAACACACCAAAAUAUGUUUUUUUCAUUUACUGUAGAUGUAAAAAAAAAAAAAAAGAAGUGUUUUCCCAAUUAUUUCUCAGUGUAGACUGAUAUAUUUCAUGUUUGUACUUUCUUAUGUUACACACAGCCCUGUUGUCACCUCCCAUAGACUGACACCUACCGGACCCAAAUCAGUCAGCGCUGUAAUCACUCGUCACGGUCAAGGUUAUUUCGCAAAGCGUUCGCUGUUCCUGUGUUGUGGCAAAGUGCAGAUGGAUUCAUCAUUGUGUCUGUAUUUAGUCAUUGUAACCGUGAGACAACAGUGCCAUCAUGAGGUCUCCAUAGAAAGGACAACAUUACCCAACAGUGACUAACUCCACUGCUGGCCUCAACAUAGACAGAGGCCCCCCCUCGAUUUGUCAGUAGUCUGAAGUUUGGCACUUUCCUUGCGCCGUAUGGGGAUAACUUGUGGGAUCAUCAUAGAGAGCGACACCAUUCACAUAAAAUUUUGUUGUCUGCUAUUCAUAUAGAAAUAUUGACUAUUGCUGCUUUAAAGUCUCAAAUUUCAGUAUCAAGAAGUGCUCGCAAAGAUUCUGUAUCGGCUGGGCUCUAGCGACUACUUUCAUGUGACCAUUCCGUACAGUCCUGCGAUCGUGGACUGUUAACUCUCAGAGCAGAAUGAGGAUACUUUAUGAAUUUGUUUCUGGAAAACACAACUGUUCGGUCUCUUCUCUCUGUGUGAUAUGAGGAUUGAUGCAAAUCCAUUUUUAUCAUAUUUUUGAUUAUAAACAGGCGCGCGCAUUUUUCUAUUUUAGCCAUAGGUUCGUACGUGUCACAACUUUCACAGCAGUUGAGUUUUCAUCAGUGAGUUUUUUCUUUGGAGAAAUUAGUUUAUUUAACAAUGCGUUCUUUUUCAAAUGUGUGAAACAGAAACCAGUGCACUGUGUGUGUUUUAAUAAACACUUGGCGAGAAAAAGUCUUGUCAUAAUACUGUUUGCUGUUUGGAGUAUGUUUCAGCUUUGGAUUCAGUUGUACACCGUUAAAUAAAUGUGUCAUCAGUCA